AUGGACUCUAAGAGGCUGUGCCGUGAUUUCGCCAAAGGCAAUUGCCGAUGGAAAAACUGCAAAUUUGUUCAUGCAAGCAAUGGCCAAAGUCAAAGCCACAGUCCAACAAUCCCAGCAAGCCCAGCAAGCCAGGUCCAACGUCCUGAGCCGCUGCCCCAAAGAUCUUGUAUCUUGCCAAAUGCAGAUAAGGAGUUUCGAGCAUGGCAAAACAGCAUUCCUCUACGCUCGACGGUCACUCGUCCAUCCUCUGGGAAGAAAACAACUCUCUUCCAGAAAGCGAGGGAACUGAUUGGAUCUGACGCCAGUAUUCGACAAGAAGUCAUACGAACAUUGGCCAGUGAGGAUGGCCUGCGCCUCAUCCUGGACCUUGUCCAGGAAAACUUUGAAGAAAUGAAUGCCGCAACCAGAGACCUGCUUUUCAAGACUCAGGUGCUACCAUUUCUAGAGACAAUCACCAACCCCGAGGUUGCAUCCUCUCUAGUAUUGGAACAGGCAGUGGGCACAAUCUACAAUGUCUUGUUUGGACUUGACGGAUCCAGAGCAGCGCGAUGGCUCAAUUUCAUCUGUGGCGUUCUCGAGAUCGACACCACCAACGAAGGCAGUGCCAUGUUACUGGAGGCAUCUCUCCACACGUUCUCUCGUAUCGCGGACCUGAAUUCUACUGCUCCUGUCCAGGAUUGCCUGCAUGCCGUUGCCCAGAGAUUUGAAACUGUGUUGACCUCGAUGAAUGAUAAGAAUGGAAUGAGCGGCAGACUUUACCAGUCUCGGAUGCACCUUGAUCGUCUUCUUCAGCGCAUGGAGACUGGAAACUCGCUCUCAACUGGUACCACGGAGAACAAAGUCAAGAAUGAAAGCAACGUCGCUUUUGUCGCCAACCGCGAGACGCCCGGCGGCAGACACAACAAUGACUUUGACGAUAUCUGUCAGAUCAAGAUCAUGCCCACCUUUGAAGAAAUCUGCAGCCUUCGAGGGGAGUAUCUGCCCGUCAAUAACCCACUUCAAUGGCACAUUGAUGGUGUCGACGGAUUGCUAGAUCGAAACUUUCGGUUGUUGCGAGAAGACACCGUCGGUCAACUUCGAGAUGCAAUCCACCACGAACUAAGUCCCCGUGCGCAGAGAUCGCAAUUGCGCAGGUUCGUAUAUCCCAAUUCCAUUGUGGUCAAGCUCGAGUUCAAUUGGCUUUGGGGGUUCUACUUCGAAGUCGACUUCCCUCAACCUGCUGGAGUAAGAAACUUCACACCUAAGGCCCGAGAGACGUGGUGGCAGAACUCGAAACGUCUACAGCCCGGGGCGCUUGUGUGUCUAAUCGUUCAAAAAGACGUGGUUGUGUUUUGCACUGUGACACAUCGUGACAUGUCACCGAGGUACAGAAAGGAUACCCCCUCACAGGAUCACGUCCCCCCAGAGAACAAGGCAAAUCCAAGAACUUUAUGGAAGAGCGCCACGAGAGGCUCAGUUAUGUUGAUGCCAGUUGAUUCUCGGUGCAACAACACUCAAGUCGUUCUGGACCUUUUCGACUCCAAAAAAGCCAAUAUGUCUCUGGUGGAGUUUCCAGGAGUCAUUCUUCCAGCUUUUGAGCCGGCUCUCAGGGCACUUCAGUCGAUGAAGAGAACCAAAAAUCUACCUUUCUCGGAGCUGUUUGUCCCGUGGACCUUCGACGAUUUCAACUUAUUUGACAUGGCCCCUCCCUUGUAUGCUUUGCAGCCUGGUUUUGCUUUCAAUCUCCGCUGCCUCAUGAAGAAUGAUACGAAUUUCUACGUCCGCGUUGAUCAACCAUCUAACGUGAAAUACGUACAGGAUAAUUCCACCCUGGAUGGUGCACAGGCUCAUGCAUUGAUCAGCUGUUUGAAAAGAAAGCUCGGUUUGAUUCAAGGGCCACCUGGUACCGGCAAGAGCUACACUGGUGUGGCUCUUAUCAAAGUCUUACUGGCAAACAAAGACGCUGCUGCUGGAGGAAACCUGGGGCCCAUAUUAUGUGUCACAUACACCAAUCAUGCUCUUGACCAGCUUCUUGAAUCUUUACUGGACAACAAGGUUACAUCGCAAAUUGUUCGUAUUGGAUCACAGUCCAAGUCGGAGAGGUUGGAAAGAUUCAACCUUCACAUUGUUGCGAGAGAUACACCAAGAACAAAAAUGGAGAAAAAAGAACGAUGGAGUACAGCUGAGAUACUGUCAUAUUGCGAAGAAGAUUUUCGCGCGCUUGACCUGAAAAAUGAGGUCUCCAUUGCGCGUCUCAAGUCCUAUAUCCAACGAACAAACCCCAGCCAACAUAAUCAGCUGUUUUCACUGGUCCAAGAAGAUGGUUCUUUGAGAGUACAAAAAGACAACCCCCAGACCGCGAUCAACUCCUGGGUGGAUUCAGCGCCUGCAGGCAGUGCUCGUGCACGGCCUGUGGAGGAACUCAAAAACAUUAAUGUCUUCGAGAUGUCUCGAGAAGAACGACAGCUUCUUUACAACCGCUGGUGUCAUGAUUACCGGGCAGAAGUUGAAGAAAGAGUUAGGCGAAUCGUUUCCUCUCACGAGAUUGCCAAAAAGGGAUAUGAUAGCGUCCAGGAUGAAAUGCACCUUCGCUGCUUGGCUGAGGCAGAUGUCAUUGGCAUCACUACUGCAGGACUUGCUCGCAGAUUGGAUAUGUUCCGAAGACUUCAAUGCAAGUUCAUGCUGUGCGAAGAGGCUGGUGAGGUUCUUGAAUCUCAUAUUCUUACUGCGUUUCUACCUUCUGUUGAGCAUGCAGUCCUCAUCGGCGAUCAGCAACAGCUUCGUCCUCAAGUCCAGAAUUACGAUCUUUCCAGCGAGAAUCAUCGAGGUGGAGCACAAUAUUCACUCGAUAUUUCCUUGUUUGAGAGACUGGUGAGCUCAAACAAAAGCCCCAUGGACUGUGGAGCUCCUUUCAGCACAUUGGAAACACAGCGUCGAAUGCAUCCGUCUAUCGCUCGUCUGGUCCGUAAAACCUUGUAUCCAAGUUUGAAGGAUGCUCCAUCCGUUUCAGAGUAUCCGGAGAUUAUGGGGAUGCGGAAAAGACUGUUCUGGUUGGAUCACCGGCAUCAAGAGGGAGGAUCUGACGGCGAUUCCAUGUCAACCUCUCACUGGAAUAGUCAUGAGAUUGAUAUGACCGUUGCACUGGUCAACCAUCUGGUUCAACAAGGCGAAUACAAACACGGAGACAUUGCAGUGUUGACUCCGUAUCUGGGCCAGCUCCACCGACUACGAAAACGGUUCGAUGAACUCUUUGCCAUUAUGGUAGGGAACCGUGACCGAGUUGAGCUCAAACAGGCGGGGUUUGCAGGUUAUGAAACCAAGGAUAAGCCUACGAUCAAAGCAGCCUUGUCAGAAACUCUUCGCAUGGCCACCGUGGAUAAUUUCCAAGGCGAAGAAGCUAAGGUUGUUGUGAUAUCUCUAGUCCGCAGCAACGCAAAGAACCAAUGCGGCUUUCUGCGCACUUCCAAUCGGAUCAAUGUCCUGCUGUCGCGAGCACAACACGGCAUGUACAUCAUUGGCAAUUCGCAGACCUCAAUCCAUGUUCCUAUGUGGGCUCAAGUUGUGAAGAUUCUGAGACAAGAACACAAUAUCGGAAAGGCCUUGGAGCUCCAAUGUCCUCGCCAUCCAGAUACACCGAUUGUGGUCUCGACACCAGAGGAUUUUCCAAAGUUCUCCCCCGAAGGAGGUUGCAACCUGCGCUGUGUCAACCGCCUGCGCUGUGGACAUGCCUGUAUCCAGAAAUGCCAUUCGGAUGUGCUUCACAACGCUGUCUUUUGCCUAGAGCCUUGCCCUCGAUCGUUGGGUGGCUGCAAUCACCCGUGCCCCAAGCGAUGCGGGGAUCGUUGUCCGGAAAAGUGCAUGGUCAACGUAUACCAAAAGGACAGGACACUUCUUUGCGGCCAUCCAAUGCCAGACCUUCCUUGUUGGCAGGAUCAAGAUAUCUCCAAGCACAAGACUAUCGCUGCCUCGCUCAAUGCCGCAGCCUCCUUCCUUGUGGACACUUAUGCAAGAAGAUUUGUUACCGCUGCAUCACCAAAGGACCUGAGAGCGUCCCAGCUAAUCAUGGAAAUUGCGAACAACGGUGUGAUCGAAAUCAAUCUACAUGCGCUCAUACCUGCAGCAUUCCUUGCCACGCUGAGAAGCCCUGUCCUCCAUGCAAAGCUCCUUGCGAGGUGCACUGCGGCCAUUCCAAGUGCCCACGAAAAUGCUAUGAGCCAUGUACUCCCUGCGCGGAAGAAAAAUGUCUUUCAGCGUGUCCUCACAGCGUCUGUUCAAUGCCGUGUGCAGCCCCUUGUGACCAUGUUCCAUGUUCCAAGCGAUGCGAGAAGAAGCUCGAAUGUGGGCACCAGUGCCCUCGAUUUCAUCCUGGGUGAAACAUACAGAGAAAUCAACCUUGACGAAAACCCAUGUGUAUUCCCCAAGUGUGGACAUUUCCUGACAAUCGAAAACAUGGAUGCGCAAAUGGAUAUGGCUAGCUACUACGAUGUCGACGCCAGCGGCAAGCCUGUCUCUAUCUGCGUAUCAUUGGCACCGUUCUCGAUUCAAGACAUCAAGACAUGCGCCACCUGUCGUGGCCCAUUGCGAGAUAUUUCCCGAUAUGGUCGGCUGGUUCGCCGAGCUAUCCUUGAUGAGUCAACGAAGAAAUUGAUCAUCUUCCUCAAUCAGGAAUAUGUCCCUCUUGCACAAGAACUUCCCCAGCUUGUCCGUGAAUUGCAUGAAUGUGAUGGCCAAAGAAUGUAUCCAUGGCCAGCGGUGAUUGAGAUAUCUGGCGCACGAAGCCAUCAAAUCCAGAGCAUGGGCGAGAUCAUCGAGAGCACAAAUCCAGGUCGAUGGGAUGCAAUCCUUGAUCUGCGAAAGCGUGUCGAUCUCUAUCGGCACCAUGUGAAACCCGAAGAGCAACCCUUUGAAAGAGUUCGGAGAAUGAUCGAAAAUGCCCGACAGCGCCAAGGCCUCACAACCAACCCUAAGCAUGUCGAUAAUGUGCUGCAGACAAAAGGCUUCCUACAAGGCACCGCCCUCUUGAUCCGCCUAGACAUUGCUUUGAUUGUUGACCUUUUAGAUCUCGGUUCCCAGGGACGACCUCACUUGGUCGCACCUCGAUUCGAGCUUGACCUACAGAAGAUGAAGGACGAUUGCCAGACCCUCAUCCGCCACGCGGCCAGUCACCAUCGACUUCUACAGCAGGCAGAGGGUCAUAUUUUCUUAGCACAGCUCUAUGCCCUGGAACGAGCACAUUGCUUGACUCCAGAGAAGAGGAACAAUAUCUUGAUGCAUGGCCAGGCUUCCAUUCAGAAAGCCAAAGGUCUUUGCGAUGCACACCCAGGCCAGACACGAGGACUGGCAGAUGAAGUUCAUAGCGUGGAGAAAAUGUUGCGCGGAGGCACAUUCUACACAAUUAUCACCAACGAGGAACGCAUGUCAGUCCUUUCGGCGAUGGCUCAAGAGUUCAGGGGAACUGGACAUUGGUACUAUUGUCGCAACGGACAUCCGUUUACCAUUGGAGACUGUGGGUUGGCUCGGGAGAUAAGUCGCUGUCCCGAGUGUGAUGCCCCGGUGGGAGGUGAGAGUUCGGAAUUGGCAGAUGGAGUGAGACUGGCGGUGGACUGGGAUCUGGACAGGGAGAGAUUGAAUCUGUAG